UGAUGGUGGCCCUGCAUGCCAUUGCUGAGCCUAUUAUCUACUAGGACCCCCAGGUCCUUUUCCAUCCUUCAGCCUUGUAAGUGUCCCCAGAACAAAAAAAUAGGAUGGAAGCUUGCUGGAUAUUGAAUCUGGCAGUCUUCUCCCUUUUAGGCCCUGGGGGGUGUAGAGGUACUGACACUGUCCCUGGAAUCCUGCUGCUUUUGGAAAAGACCGCUGUUCAGUCCUCCUGUUGUCAAGGUCUUCCCAUGCUAGCCGUGGUUUCUCCUAGCAAAGACUGAUGGAUAUUGGUGAUCCCUCUGUCCAGCUUCUCUCCUUACUCGGCUCCAGCCUGAAGUCAGAGCCCCCUCAGACCUGGGGUCCCCUGCAAGGCUCCACGACACAGCCUCAGCACCCCAUCUUCCACCUGACAACAUGCUCCCCUGCUGGCCAGGCUCCAGAAUAUUUAUGGGCCAGAAUCCCCUGAUGAAGUCACGAGGUACGUGACGUAACGCCGUAGGGAAUCGAAAGUCGAGACCGAGGAAAACACUCGCACAAGCCGGAGGCCAUCGGACGUAAGGCGGCAAUUUUAAACGCCACGUCUGCACUUUCACAUAAACGCUGUCUGUCAUUGUAAAGCGCUUUUUGUGCUACCUGCUUUUUACUACAAAAAAUACCCUUGGAUUUCCAAACUUACUACACUAUUGGAGGCAAUUUUCUUUUCUCCCCACCCCAUUGCUUCUCCUAUUGGACCAUCAUUAUUUGGACUAUUUUGGAGGCAUACAGCAGCUGGAACAAACUUGAACUGAGUGACCCCAGGAGAAAGGAGAUCGGAGAUCUGGAGGGACAUCACUAUAUGCGCACAUAUAGCACCUUUAUGAUAAGCAAUGUCCCGUGAGAAUCAGGAAGCCCAGGAGGACGAGCUUCUGGCUCUUAGCAGUAUAUACCCUGAAGAUGAGUUUAGGAGAACUGACACUUCUCCGGGAGGGGAAAUACAAGUGUGUCUGGAACUUCCUCCAAACUUUAGGAUAUCUGUGAAAUGCAACUCUGCAUCAAACACCAUGGAAAGCUUUGAGAACACGGUUUCCUUUCUACCACCAAUUGUCCUGGACUUCGAGUUUCCACCAGGAUACCCCUCCACUACGUGUCCCAUCUUCACACUCAGCUGCAAGUGGCUUUCACCAGAACAGCUUACACUUAUGUGCCAGCGGUUAGACGAUCUCUGGGAGGCGAACAGAGGAAGUGUCAUUUUGUUUGCUUGGAUGCAGUUUCUGAAGGAAGAGACCCUUGAGUACUUGAAUAUAAAAUCACCUUAUGAAGUUCAGUUUAUUAAUAAUGGAACGCACACUUUUAUGGAGGUUGAAGAGGAAGCAAGUCUCUGCAUUGCUGCAGCUGCUCCUGAAGAUGAAGCAAGUCUCUGUAAUGCUGCAGCUGCUCCAGAAAAGUAUGCAAGUCUCUGUAAUGCUGCAGCUGCUCCAGAAAAGGAAGCAGGUCUCUGUAAUGCUGCAGCUGCUCCAGAAAAGGAAUCGGGUCUCUGCAUUGCUGCAGCUGCUCCUGAAGAGGAAGCAAGUCUCUGUAAUGCUGCAGCUGCUCCAGAAAAGGAAGCAAGUCUCUGCAUUGCUGCAGCUGCUCCCGAAGAGGAAGCGGUUGACAGACGUGCUAUUCAAGAUGUCCAAUCGGUGUAUGACCUUAUCAGACACAUAUUGGACUUUGAUGAGAGCCAACAGAAGAAAUGUUUUGACAGCAAACAGUUUUUAUGCAAUAUCUGCUUCUCUGAGAAGCUGGGCUGCGAGUGUACGUAUUUUAAGGACUGCAACCAUGUGUACUGUGAUAUCUGCCUUCGAGACUAUUUUGAAAUCCAAAUCAGAGAUGGACAAGUCCACGCCCUAAAUUGUCCAGAACCCGAGUGCACCUCAGUCGCUACACCUGCCCAGGUAAAGAAGCUGGUUGGAGAAGAAUUGUUCGUCCGCUAUGAUCGUCUCCUCUUGAAGUCUACUUUGGAGAUGAUGACUGAUGUGGUUUAUUGCCCUCGUCUGAGCUGUCAGACUCCUGUAAUGCAAGAGCCAGGCGGCACGAUGGGCAUUUGCACAAGCUGUCAGUAUGCUUUCUGUACCCUUUGUAUGAUGACCUACCAUGGAGUCUCCAAAUGUAAAGCAUCAGAAUCCAUGGAUCCUACGUCUGGAGAACCAGAUGAACCAGGUCCAAAGAGGAACCGCGGGAAGAUAGGCCGCCUGAGAAAAUUGCGAGAAUGGGAGAGCAAGACUUGGAUAACAGAGAACUGCAAGAAAUGUCCUCGCUGUGAUGCCAACAUUCAGAAAGAUUCUGGGUGCAACAAAAUGGCCUGUGGUAAAUGUGGACAGUACUUCUGCUGGAUUUGUAUGAAAUGUUUGUCUGAAACGAAUCCAUACAGCCAUUAUAUCAACUCCGCCUGCACUCAGAUGUCAUGAACACCUGAAUCUCUACAGUCUCCAAACCCAAAGUGGAGCCCCUGAAAGAGGAGCUGCAAGCAGGACGGACCCCUGGACACUAUGGGCAAGGGGGGCCACAGGCUGGCGAACUCCGAGGGAGAAAACAAACUCCCUGAGAUGGAUACUGAAUAAGUUCCAUCACCUGUUUGUAUUAUAAUAUAAUAUAUACAAAUAUAUAAUGUUUAAA